AUGUUUUGCGAUUCAUUCAAGUUGAUUAUACUGCUCAGAAAAUCUGUAUACAACUCCCCCUUUCAGAGUAAUUCCGAGUUUUACGAUCCGUGCCCGCAUACCAAUGGAAUAGACGAAGAUGAGGCUGAAGCGGUUUUCAGGGACUGGCCCGCAUAUCUCAGUUUGAGCAGCGUAAAUAGGACACACAAGUGCUAUGUGAUCUGCAUUUUCCAGUAUUACAACAUUGUAUCCACCUCUGGCGAAAUAACUUUGGAGAAGUACUACGAUUCCGGGGUUAUUGAUGAGUUUGCGGUGGCACCUAAAAUAAAUCGAUGCCGAUAUGAGUUUAGAAAAGAAGAAGAUUUUUGUGAGCGAAUGUUCGCUGUAUUCAAUUGCUUAAGACAAGAACUAUUAAUGAGCUCAUAAAAAUUGCUAUAAAUCAUAAGUUUGUGACUUUAUUUUGGCUUACAAAAUUAAUGCAUGUUAAUAAUUAACAUACGGAAUUUAAAGUGUGAAGUCCAGAAUUGUCAAAAGAAUCUAUUGUCAAAAGAAUCUAUGAAACUACUAUAUAUGCCAUUGCCACACAGUGCUCUCUUUGUAUUACAUUUGCUGUAUUGCUUAUCAAUAAGUCACUUAUCAAUUUAAAUAGUGGUAAUUUAAGUCGCUGUAUGUGUAUGCAAUUACACAUCUGAUUAUC